AAAACACAGAAGGCGUCAUCAGUUGAACAAAUAAUUACGAAAAGUGCGGAUAAAGCGUGAAAAUAUUGUAAAAUUUUUUUCAAAGUUAAAAAAAACUAAGCAAACAGAAAUAAAAUCUUUUUUAAUUAAAUAAAACUAAACGUUUUAAGAAAACCAAAGAGAAAAAGUAAUUAAAAAUGGCAACUUUACCACUAUUGUUGAGUCUCAUCGAUGAACUCGACCGUGAAGCCUAUCCAUCUUAUGGUAACGAUUUUGGUUUGGGUGUUUCUCCCUAUCUCAUCCAUCGUCAUGCACAACAUCGUGAGCCCAGACAGUCCUCUGUAGCAGGCUAUACUCUACCAUUGGCUUUGCUCAAUCGUAUCAGUGAACAACAAGCUGCACGCCGUGCACCUGGUGGAGAAUCCAAAGAAUCUCGUUUGUCACCCAUAGGCAAGGAUGGUUUUCAAGUUUGCAUGGAUGUGGCACAAUUUAAGCCUAGCGAACUAAAUGUCAAAGUUGUAGACAAUUCCAUUGUCAUUGAGGGCAAACAUGAAGAACGUGAAGAUCAACAUGGAUUCAUACAGCGUCAUUUUGUGCGCCGUUAUGUUUUGCCCAAGGGCUAUGAUGCAGACAAGGUGGUCUCUACUCUUUCAUCGGAUGGUGUAUUGACUGUUAGUGUACCGAAGCCAGUGGAGGAAGAAAAAUCCAAUGAACGCAUUAUACAAAUUCAACAAACUGGACCGGCUCAUCUGAAUGUCAAGCAAAAUUCGGAAGAGAAGGUAAAAGACGCUGCCAAUGGAUCGGGUGGUGAUCAAGAGGAUUCUAAAUAAAUGAUUAAGAUUGCAUUUAUUAUAAGAGAUUAUUAUUCACUAUCAUAACCGAUAUUUAUAUUCAUUCAUACUCUCAUGUAUUCCAAACAAUUCCAUAAUAUUUAAGUUUUUAUUACUUAAUUUUUUUUGUUAAACCUUAAAUUUAGAAUAUUCGUAGUUAUAUGUUUUACGAAUCCAAAUAAUAAAUUAUAAAUACCAAAUAAUUAUAGAUACCAAAAAAUUUCGUUUGAUUUUUUUUGUAAA